GUUUCUACGAGAGAGCUUAAAGUAACAAUAUUUAAGAAGUAUUUUGAAGUAGUUAAAUAUUGGUGAAACCAGAAUCCGAUGAAUACACGUAGUACAGUAUGGGCAUUUACCGUGGCAGCCAUCCAACCAGCCAAGUUCUAAUUGAAUUAGCGCUAAAGGCUUCCUAAUUACCGACAGAGGGAGCACAGGGACCGGGGAGGGACCGCUGGUGGGUGUCAUUAUGGAGACGUAUCUCUCAUUCACCGUUCACUGAGGAGCAGCGCAAGCGGUCCCGUAUUAUGUGUGUCUACGGCAGCGCUGCGCUUCGCGACCCCCAUCGAUCACCAUCUUCUUACGUGUUAACCAGACCCGACAUGGACACAGCUUACAAAGGUGACCGUCGUUUCCCUGCUCGCGGUGCCUGAGAGUAUAAAGCUACGAUCGCUAAGAAGAGCGACGGUAUUUCCAGCUCGCAGCAACUGUAAGUACAUUGUGAGAAACGGCGAGAGCCUGGCGACGAACCGGGAGGAGGCGGACAACCAAGGACCUUUUCACCGCUUCAGGCUGCCGUGAAGGGGCAAGCUGUGGGUCAUGCGGGGUAAGGGGGUCCCGGAGCGUAGCAGCCGGAAUGACUCAGGGUCCCCCCGCGGUGGUCCUCCUCAUGUUCCUGCUCUGGGGAAGCGCUCUGGCCAAAAUUCAUCUCUGGCCCUCCGCAUACGUUGCUCUGAGCAAUGAGAGUGUUUUCUUAGAUUUUACCUGCAACCACAACGCAACCACGGAUCGGACCAUGACCUUGUCUCUGGUGGACAUGGAUACAAACGUCACCGUGGUCUCAAGACCUUUGAGCAGCAGCCAGCUAAAGGGAGCCCUGGAGCUAAAUUGCACUUUUUUCCGCUAUGCUGGAAGUUUUAGGUUCAAAUUAAAUGGCGAUGGCAACUGUGACGGAGACAACGCCACCCAGUGGUGGAGCCAGGUACUGCACAUCCAGUGGCCUACUUUCCAUAUUUCUGUGGAGAGGACCAACAACCAGACCUCAAGUUCAUUCCAGAUCAGCAUCUCUACAAAUGAGCAUUUCCAGCCUUGUUUUAACAUCAGCACUUCAUCGCUUUAUUUGGAGAUCACAUACCUGGAGUAUAACCAAAUAAGAAGGAAUAGCAUUGACAAAGUCCAAGCCCGGAUCCAGCGCGACAUUAAGGUCACGAGAUCACAGCGGGUUGAACUGGAGUGUGUCUUUCUCUUUACUGAGAGGGACUACAUCACAGUAGCUCUGAAGUCCCGCGUCUCCCAGCGAGACAUCCUGGUGUCAGGACCCCUCUACUUGUCACGCAUCUUCUCCUACGCGUUGCUGGUGGACAAUGCGCCUGUGGCCGGGUGCGAGGGCGUGGUGGCCGUGCGACUCCUGCCCCCGCCCUGCGCCUUCACCGGUGGGAAAGUGGUCCUCUACCGGGACGGAGGCCAGGAGGGAGCCCACAGGUGGCUCACCCAGGGCGAGAACGAAACCGAGUUCAACUGCUCAGCCUUUGAGCUGGGAAGACACAGGUACUGCUUUCAUUUCAUCCUCAACUUCAGCUCUCGGAGUCUGGCGCAGACGUGCAUCGUCGUGCAGCGGAAUGCAGACACGUGGGGACCGUGGCAGUCAUGGAGUCGCUGCAGCGUGAGCUGCGGGGAGGGCACGCGGGAGCGCUUUCGCGAGUGUCUGCUGCCUCCUGCUGGUGGGUCCAGGUGCAGCGAGCUGGUGAGGGAGCAGUCCCACUGCUCCUUGGAGGACUGUGCAAUGCCCGCCCCUUCCGUGUCGUCCCCCCCUCCUCUCGACACUUCACUGGGGAGCAAUCUGGUAGCUGUGGUGGGCAUCUCCCUGUGCCUGGUGGUGAUCGUGGUGACGGUGCUGGUGACCGUGUGGCGGAAGGCCUGCCACGCCCCCAAGUGCACCUCGGUGCGCCGCGGCUCUCUGCACUCGCCCGGCGGCCGCAAAAACUCGGACGAGGCCUCCAUCUGCGGCCACAGCCUGCAGCGGCCCAGCUUCUCGGAGAGCCUGCAGGCCACGCCGGGUUGCCAGCUCCCACAGACCCUCCCCCAGCCCCUCCAGGAUAAAGAGAGGGUGUCCCCAACUGGUCAGAAGAUUGUCCCGCCCAUUUUUGGGUACCGGUUGGCUCAACAGCAGCUGAAGGAGAUGAAGAAGAAGGGACUGAAAGAAGCCACUCAAGUCUACCACGUGUCCCAGAGCCCCAUCGACGACACCAUGCUGGAGGCCACUGCUUCCACCUCUGCUCCCUUGACUCCGGUGUUCCCAGACUCAGACAGCCAAGAGGAGGUCAACCUCGGCCAUUUUCGCAUCAAGUCCCCGUUCUCAGAGCAACCCAGAGUGGGCAAAAGUUCAUCGGCCACUCUCCCGGACCGGCUUAGCCCAAAAGGGGACCCAGCGUCUCGGGCUUGGCGGAACGAACGUGUGGCAGAUUGGGUGGAGAUGGUGGAGCGCAUGGGAGCGGGUCACCCGAGGAACUCCAGUUUCAGGAGGACGUCCAGCUUCCACGACGCCAAACCCCAGCAGCUGCUGCGGCCCUUUAGGGAGAGGAGCAUGACCCAGGUGACCCCUCGGCAAGCCAUGGAGGCCAGCUGCAAGGCCAGGGCAUGGGAUCCAUAUCGUAACCCCGAGCGGGAUGACUGGGGUCACCCCAGACCCUACCUGACUGAAGGCAGGGCGCCCGACAGGCAUCAGGGGUGGUCAGACAGGGCUACCGGUCACCAGGAACUGAGCCAAGUAGCCAUACCAGCAGCUAGGCCUGGAGCGGAGAUUGUCGGUAAAUUAGACCAGCAAGGAUCUGAGAGAGUGGAGAGGGCCGAGCUGAAUUGGAGUAGGAGGGGCCCCUCGCCGAUCCAGAGGAACAUCCUGGCCCGCAAGCUAAGGGAAGCCAACUCCUUAGCUGCAUGUCAGCGGCAGCGUGUCGCCUCUAGCUGCCAGACCGACCUCCGGCGGGACAAGUGCCAGAGUCUACCGCCGUCUUCCAGCCAUGCCGGCUUCCACCGUUCCCACUACGGCCUGACAGAGUCCGAGCAGCGCAUGAUGGACCUGUCUGGCUACCUGGGGGAGGAGGACACUGUGGAGGUGAUGGAGAUCCACAGACUUACCUGAUAGCAGCUGAUCGGAGCCGGCAGGGGCGUAGCGACGUGUACUGUUACCUUCAUUACCUACAGCUGCUGUUUGCUACAAAUUGUAAACUGUAGUUGUAAUUUUGACUCCUAUUUGAUAGGGUUUGAGUUUAUUUUUCAUACAAUUCUCCUCUGAAUGUUUUUUAACUGUAUAAAAUGGUUCAGCACCUGUGCGAGGAGUAUUAGUAAAUAUAUACGAUCAAUCUGU